GCAUGGACCAGGGUCCCACAGUGGGGUCAGAGGAGUCGCUCUGUGACUGAGGUGAAACGGGUAAGUGGCAUGGACCAGGGUCCCACAGUGGGGUCAGAGGAGUCGCUCUGUGACUGAGGUGAAACGGGUAAGUGGCAUGGACCAGGGUCCCACAGUGGGGUCAGAGGAGUCGCUCUGUGACUGAGGUGAAACGGGUAAGUGGCAUGGACCAGGGUCCCACAGUAAGUGGCAUGGACCAGGGUCCCACAGUAAGUGGCAUGGACCAGGGUCCCACAGUGGGGUCAGAGGAGGCUCUGUGACUGAGGUGAAACGGGUAAGUGGCAUGGACCAGGGUCCCACAGUAAGUGGCAUGGACCAGGGUCCCACAGUAAGUGGCAUGGACCAGGGUCCCACAGUAAGUGGCAUGGACCAGGGUCCCACAGUAAGUGGCAGUGACCAGGGUCCCACAGUAAGUGGCAUGGACCAGGGUCCCACAGUGGGGUCAGAGGAGGCUCUGUGACUGAGGUGAAACGGGUAAGUGGCAUGGACCAGGGUCCCACAGUGGGGUCAGAGGAGGCUCUGGCACUGAGGUGAAACGGGUAAGUGGCAUGGACCAGGGUCCCACAGUGGGGUCAGAGGAGGCUCUGGCACUGAGGUGAAACGGGUAAGUGGCAUGGACCAGGGUCCCACAGUGGGGUCAGAGGAGGCUCUGUGACUGAGGUGAAACGGGUAAGUGGCAUGGACCAGGGUCCCACAGUAAGUGGCAUGGACCAGGGUCCCACAGUAAGUGGCAGUGACCAGGGUCCCACAGUAAGUGGCAGUGACCAGGGUCCCACAGUAAGUGGCAGUGACCAGGGUCCCACAGUAAGUGGCAGUGACCAGGGUCCCACAGUAAGUGGCAUGGACCAGGGUCCCACAGUAAGUGGCAUGGACCAGGGUCCCACAGUAAGUGGCAUGGACCAGGGUCCCACAGUAAGUGGCAUGGACCAGGGUCCCACAGUAAGUGGCAUGGACCAGGGUCCCACAGUAAGUGGCAUGGACCAGGGUCCCACAGUAAGUGGCAGUGACCAGGGUCCCACAGUAAGUGGCAGUGACCAGGGUCCCACAGUAAGUGGCAUGGACCAGGGUCCCACAGUAAGUGGCAUGGACCAGGGUCCCACAGUAAGUGGCAGUGACCAGGGUCCCACAGUAAGUGGCAGUGACCAGGGUCCCACAGUAAGUGGCAGUGACCAGGGUCCCACAGUAAGUGGCAGUGACCAGGGUCCCACAGUGGGGUCAGAGGAGGCUCUGUGACUGAGGUGAAACGGGUAAGUGGCAGUGACCAGGGUCCCACAGUAAGUGGCAUAGACCAGGGUCCCACAGUGGGGUCAGAGGAGUCGCUCUGUGACUGAGGUGAAACGGGUAAGUGGCAGUGACCAGGGUCCCACAGUAAGUGGCAUGGACCAGGGUCCCACAGUGGGGUCAGAGGAGUCGCUCUGUGACUGAGGUGAAAC